UGUCACUACAAUCCAGCAACGAAAAGUUUGCCGGAUCGAUGUGGAAGCUGCACGAUUGUCAAACACAUAUUCGGUUGCAGAUUUCAAUGUGUUGCACUGCCUUUUGGGUGGCUCACAAGAACCAGUGAGGAUUUUGUGCAGAUUAUGGCACAUUCAUUUACUUGAAGUGGGAGGAGAAUCAGAAAUUUAAGGUUUUCCUGAACGCUGUGGGAUUCUGAAGACUGGAGUUCAAAUUUGGAACCUAGGAGGAUAUUCAAGAUUGUGAAGGUGAGGUGCUGAAGGAUUUGUGGUGAUUGUGGUGGUGGUUUAGGAGUGGCAAUGGCUGUGCCUUGGCAGGCAUCGUCCCUGGCGUUGAUGCGGGACAUACCCACAGCCCUUGUGGUAGGAUUUCGUGGAGCUCGAGACAAUGGGGCGAAGGUGGAUAGCCGCUGUCUAGAAAGAGAUAGUUUCGUGAUGCGAAGUGGGUCGCAGAGACAGGAAUCAACGUUGCGGGAGGGGUCUGCGGAAGAGAACAUGACCCAUAGUUUAGAAAAUUGGAGAGUAGAGAUGGUCGAUGGGAUGAAAUGGGCUUUCAAUUUUGCACUUACGAGUAUUUGCUGUUACGGAGUUGCUGCGGCUGUGUCAACUCCCGACAUAGAGACAUGGCGAAUUCGAGGUUCUCCAUUCUUUGAUGUCCCUGACGUGCUGAAUGUGGGCACCCCCUCUGCUCAUGCUUCAGGAUUGCUGCAGAUGCCUCCUGUUCGGCUGGUUAAUCGUUAUUACUUGGUAAGAUCGGGAGAGUCCGAGUUCGAGACGAAGGGAGUGAUAAACACCAAUCCUGUGACAAAAACAUCAAUGGAUAGUGGUCUUUCAGAGGAGGGCAAGAAACAGACAAUUCAAGCUGCGAAGAGCUUAAGAGCGCUGGGUGCUUGUGAUGACAGCUGCUGGAUAUGGCCGUCUAUCACCCAAAGAGCCUAUCAAACAGCUGAGAUUAUCGCCUAUGUCAACAAUAUUAAUCGCAGUCGGAUAGUGCCAGAAUAUAGCUUCUUGGAUGCUCGUGGGCUAGGAGCGUAUGAAGGUAAAGGACUUGCAGAGGUGAACGAGGUGUAUGAUACUAUAGAUGCAAUAUCUGCGAAUUUACGGCCCCCUCCCUUUACUGAUGGCACAGUGAACGAGAGUGUAAGAGACGUAUUUGUUAGAGUCACACAACUAAUGUCAAUCUUGGAGACCCAGUAUUUUAAUGAGACUAUCGUAAUAGUGGCGCCAGACUCCGACAAUCUGUCAGUUCUCGAGGCUGGACUGACUGGGCUUGAUUUACGCAGACACAGACAAUUGGCGUAUACUCCAGGAGAAGUGCGAUAUGUAGAUGCAAAUAGGCUACCUGCUCCACGACAAGCUGUUUCAGGCUAUGUCAAGUGCACUGCAAAACCUCCCAACUGCUGAUGUUUUUGAGAUAAAGAACUAUGUGUAAGUUUAGACCUCAUGGGUCUACUUGCUUAAGUAGAAGAAAAUCAUUAAUUUUCCGUCUACAGUGUUGUGCUGGAUGGCGGGCGGUUCAGUACCGUAAGAGUUUUUUAAUUGCCUCGCAUUUCAAUUUUCUAGUCAAAGCAUACGUUCUCUUUAUAUUUGGUUUCAACAACAAUAGAAGGUAUGAUAUGAACUUGUGUAGGGAUCUCGAUGUGCUGCUCCUGAUGGGUGUAAAUUUCGUCUACAUUAAGAUUUGCAUUCUCUUUAACAA